AUGGCUUCAAUUGAGCAAGAAGAACAGCAAUACCUUCAAGAGAUCGAAGCUGUCAAGAAGUGGUGGACUGAUUCCAGAUGGAGAUAUACUCGACGACCAUUCACGGCUGAGCAGAUUGUGCAAAAGCGAGGCACUAUCAAAAUUGAAUAUCCCAGCAACAUCCAGGCCAAAAAGCUAUGGAAACUGGUCGAGAAUCGAUUUGCCACGAAAACCGCUUCGGCCACGUACGGAUGUCUCGAGCCAACCAUGCUUACCCAAAUGAAUAAAUAUCUCGAUACCGUCUACGUCUCUGGCUGGCAGUCCUCUUCCACCGCUUCCUCUACCGACGAACCCUCUCCUGAUUUGGCCGAUUAUCCCAUGAACACCGUGCCCAACAAGGUCCAGCACCUGUUUAUGGCCCAAUUGUUCCACGAUCGUAAACAGAGAGAGGAGCGUCUCACCACUCCUAAAGAGAAACGAGGAUCCGUGGCCAAUGUGGACUAUAUGCGGCCCAUCAUUGCCGAUGCUGAUACGGGCCACGGCGGUUUGACAGCGGUCAUGAAGCUCACCAAGUUGUUCGUGGAGAAGGGCGCGGCUGGUAUUCACAUUGAAGAUCAAGCUCCCGGCACCAAGAAGUGUGGACACAUGGCCGGAAAGGUUCUGGUCCCUAUUUCUGAGCACAUCAACCGCUUGGUGGCUAUUCGAGCCCAGGCGGACAUUAUGGGGGUGGACUUGUUGGCCGUUGCCCGAACAGACUCGGAAGCGGCAACUCUCAUCACCACCACCAUCGACUACCGGGACCAUGCAUUCAUUCUGGGAUCCACCAAUGCCAACCUACAACCCCUCAAUGAUCUCAUGGUUGCCGCCGAGCAAGCUGGAAAGAACGGCGAUGAACUCCAGGCCAUCGAAGACAACUGGAUUCAACAAUCCGGGUUGAAAUUGUUUGACGAGGCCGUCGUCGAUACCAUCAAUGCCGGCGUUCACGUGAACAAGCCAGCCUUGAUCGCCAAAUACAAGCAAGCAGCCAAAGGCAAAUCCAACAGCGAAUGCCGCGCAAUCGCAAAGGGUCUGACCGGGGUGGAUAUUCACUGGGACUGGGACGCCCCGAGAACUCGAGAAGGCUUCUACAGAUACCAAGGCGGUUGCCAAUGUGCCGUCAACCGGGCCAUUGCCUACGCUCCCUACGCCGAUAUGAUUUGGAUGGAAAGCAAAUUGCCCGAUUACGCCCAAGCCAAGGAAUUUGCCGACGGAGUCCACGCCGUCUGGCCCGAGCAGAAACUUGCUUACAACCUGUCUCCAUCCUUCAACUGGAAAACCGCCAUGACGGCCCGGGACCAAGAAACAUAUAUCCAACGCCUCGCUGAGUUGGGUUACUGCUGGCAAUUCAUCACGCUGGCAGGGCUGCACUCGACAGCUUUGAUUUCCGACACUUUUGCCAAGGAGUUCGCGCGGCGCGGCAUGCGUGCCUACGGCGAGCUGAUCCAGGAACCUGAGAUGAACAAUAAAAUCGAUGUCGUCACGCAUCAGAAGUGGAGUGGUGCCAAUUAUGUGGAUAAUCUGCUCAAGAUGGUCACGGGUGGUGUGAGCAGUACUAGUGCCAUGGGCAAGGGUGUGACAGAGACACAAUUUCAUUGA